UUGUUUGUGUUUAGAUAGCAAAACAAGCGGUUUAUUACUUGUUGAAUGGUUUUAACCUUUUUUUUCUCGACAAAUGUGCGAAAAUAAGACACGCGAUACCUUUUUGAAUAGUAAAAUUUGUUAGUUCAAUUGAAAUUUGUGUGAAGAAACAGCAAGAAAAUGCUGUUUUAUUGAAUUUAGAUCGCAUAUAUUUGUUACAAUCCGUCAAUAUGAAUAUGAAUACGGAAACCGACGCAUCGCUUAAAGAGCGGGUGAAUGACAUUCUGGAUAGUCUGAAUGCGUUGCCCGAAGGAGACGACAUCGAAGUGAAUAGAUGUGAUAUUUUAUUCAUAGUGAUAUCAAUCGUUAGUCGCGUAAUGUCGAUAGUAUCUACAUUACUUUUGGCAAUAUCCUACUACAAUCACAACAAAAUUGAUCAUUUCACUUGGACAUUAUGCUGCUUUAUCAUCCCCAUGUUUGUUACAAUGUUUCUCCAACUAUCAAUCUAUUGCGAAGAUCGAAAGGAUGGGUCCAUUCAAAAAUUGAAAAUAUUCGAUAUCAUUUGGUCAGUCAUCAUUUUUCCAAUUCUAUUUCGAUAUUGGAAAACACUGGUUUACACGAUUAAAUGUAAGCGGGCCGAAAUGCAAAAUAAUCGAGUGGAGCAAAAGCGAUGGUUUGGACGAUUAGUCAAUGAGGAUAGUGAUGUGGCUCUUGUGAGAAUAUUCGAAUGUUUUCUGGAAGCAGCACCGCAAAAGAUUUUACAAAUCUCGAUUAUAUUGUCUGGUGAAGAGAGUAUAACCAAACUGCAAUUGCUGAGUCUUUGUAGUUCAAUAUUCAGUAUGGCCUGGUGUAUUGCUUCCUAUCAUAGAUACAUACGAUUAUCUCAGUUGGAUAAAAUAAACAUUUCAUGGAUUGGAAGCAUUAUACAAUCUUCCUGGCAUUUAACAAUUACGGUGUCACGUAUUCUGUCCAUCGCAAUAGUGGCCAGUCUAUUUCCAGUGUGGACGUUGCUGAGUUUCUCAAUACAUGCCAUUGUGAUGGGUCUAUGGGUGUUUAUUUUUGAUCGAUCGCCGUUUUGUUCAAAUACAUUCAUUCACAGUUUAUUGUUCUCAUUGAUUUUGGGUUUUGUGUUCAUUUUCAAUUACAUUUUACCAAAGUCGCGACAGACUCGAUAUCGUUACGCCAUAUUUUAUACGUUGUGUUUUAUUGAGAACAUUAUUUGUGUUGCCAUAUAUGUGUCUUAUUCAUCCGAAGAAGACAAACAAGAAGAUUAUUUCCUAAUACUGUGUAUUCUCUCGAUUGUCCCAUUUAUUGUUGGUGUGUUUUUUAUGAUUUUGUAUUAUUUGUGGUUUCAUCCGAACCUGGUCAGUCGUCGAAUAUAUGACCGAGAAAUGCACACAAUUUCUUCAACGGUUGAUCCAACGGCAGUAGCACAGACAGCAUAAUUCUCACAAUAUUGAGUCCAACACAGAAUCAUUUACCUUAUGAUCUACGGCAUCAUUUACUUUUAUGCAGAUCCCAUUGUAUUAUUAUUUAUUAAGAUUUUUGAUUAAGAAAAACUUUAUCUGCCACAAAAAGAAUCGAACAAAAUACGUAAAAAUAGACUAUGUAAUCUGAUUUAAAAACGAAUAUUAAAGAGAUAUUUAAAAUAAAA